AUGGAUCCACUGAGCGCCCUCCUGCCAUCCCGUGAUCCCGUGCCGGAUGGAGAUGCCACGGACCUUUUGGGGGAACCGCAAAGUGACCUCCUCUCGCCGGUCGUAUAUCGGGCGAAUGGCAGAAGCGAACCGGAGGAAACCGGGAACCGACUGCGCAAGGGUCUGAACCGCAUCUCGACCGAUUCGGCGACGUCCACGUACGAAAUGGUGGAUGCCAACGGGAGCAGCCAGUCACCCGGAUCCGACGACAGCAGCAGCAGUACCAGCACCGAUGGCCACGGUGGCGACGGCGAGGAGGAGGACGACGACGAGGAGGAGGACGCAAUGUGGAGCAAUAUUGUGCGCAUAAAUAAGGCAACGAGCGCCACGGUGGCCGAACUGACGGGAAGCAGUGGCAGUGGCAGUGGCAGUGGUCCCGGCACCGGCACCGGAGACCCAGCGAAUGAAAUCGAGUACGAAGUGCAGGAGGCUAUGGUCAGCAGCGGUGUUGCCAUGGCGAUCGGAUCAUUCGACCACGAAGGUGGCGGCGGCGGGGGUGCUUGUGAGUUAUUGCAGCGCAAACGCUUCGAUCUGGCACGCUCGUCGACGAAGGAGGAAAAGCAACGGCACAACGAGGAAAUCCUAAUCAUGAAGUCGAAUUCGCUCUCUUCCGACACGACCAACUCGUGGGAACCGAUAAGCGUCGAAGCGUGCUACCCGGAACCGGCGCCAGAUGAGCCAGUGCCAGCUCCGGCUGCUGCUGCUGCUGCUGCACCCUCGAAGGCGUGCUUCAUCGAUGCAUCGUCACUGUUUGACGAUGACGAGAUCGUGUAUCCGUCGUUUCAGGAGCCACCCGUUGCCUGGAGUACGGCAGGAACCACACGGUCAGCUUCCAGCACCACCGUUGGCAAUGAACCGAGUGUUCAACUUUCGUCGAUCCUACUGUGUGACGAUGUGAAGAGUCGCUCCGACGGAUCGUCGGAGCGUCCCAGUGCGACGGUGACGAUGGAAGUGAAGGAUCAGUUCUGUGCCCGGCCAAGCAACGAGUUUUUAGCCGCCAAGUUGAAGCUACCGGAACUGGUCGAAAGCCAGGCGGAUGAUUGCACGGAAGAGGUGCUGGCGAGACAGCAAUCGGAACGGAAGCAGGGUACGAUGUUGUUUCAAAACUCGAUCCAACAGUUCUCGGGCCUACAGUUAGACGCGGCGCCCGCGGGAGGACCACCCUUUGCGACCGCCGAUGAACCGUGCAGUGAUCUGUCACUGCCGAGUGUGUACUCGUCCGGAAGUGAGCGAAACUACGGAGGAGAGUACAGUUCGCUGUCGAUCAGCGACACCCAGCGUUACUCGCUGUCGAGUGCCGCCGGAGCGUACGGCGGAACGAUCGACGAGUCGGGCAGUGGAAGGCAGGUCGAAAGUUUCCGGUGUACCAGCACCAGUGGUUACAACUCCAGCUCGGCCGAUUACAACAGUCGCACGCAGGCAACGAGUGACGGUGAAUCGGGUCACUAUCCCAACACACCGUUCAACUCGAUUGUCCACGUCACGUCCAGCCAGCACGGAAACGGUAGCCGUGCCAGCUCUAUCGAUCGUGAAUCACACUCUACCCCGAUCCGCAUUCCGAAGCGGGUGCAAAAGCACGACGAAUCGGCACCGAUCGUGUCGGGCGGUGCUUCGAUCGAGGACUUUACGCCGAAGCAGUGCGAAAGUCCGUCGGUUCGCCGGCGAACCGACACGUGCCCGAUCGUUUCGGGCGGCAUAAGCUUUGAGGAGGAUCCCCGGGAUGCGCUGCUGGCCGGUCAGGGACGUCGGCUAAGCAAGAGCAGCUCGGGAAAAUCGUGGGUUGUCGAUCUGAAAAAUUGCCCCGAUGAUGAAAAGCAGGUGACGGGUUCACUGGACGGUCAGCAGCGGCACCACCAGCAGCCCCGUAACUGUGGGCUUGGUUUCUACGUCGAUUUGGGAAGCCUUAAGACGCCGGAAGAGGAAAAACCCAUCACCGAGGUCCAGCGUCCUCGGCCGGCGGUACGGGCGGACUUGAUGAAGAAAUCGACCGGAUUCUACAUUGAUCUGUCGGAUGGAGAAAGCACACGCAGUGCCACCCCGAAGCUGAGCGGCAGAAAUGACACUCCACCACCGUCGGCGGUCCCUAGGGCGGUCGGCGACGAGGACGUGGCUCCUCCGGCGAAGACAGAUUCGCGCGAAGAAUCAAUGGAGAAGGAUCGUAAAAAUAUGUUUUCAAUGUUUAUUGACUUUGGUGAUGAGAAAAAUGGAAACAGCGCCAUCGCAAAGCCACCGGCAAUGCUUCGUAAGCAGUCGUUGCCCCCGGCGGUCAGUCUGGGGAAGGACCCGUCGGGAACGGAACGUCCCAGCAGUCUGGGGCCAGCGGGUGAGGAAGGCACUAAGCCGUACUACAUGUUUGUUGGUGGUGCUAGUGCGGCCACUCCGGAACCCUCUCCGGUCGUUCGGCGGCCAGUUGCUGCUGGUGCAGCCACUGCUUCCGGGAGUCAGGCUAGGAACGAAUCAAAGCGCCACUCGUGGAAUACCAGCACUUUUGGGGGCGAGCACUCCGGAGGGUUCCACGAGCGACGGAUUGCCAACAGCGCAACCUACCAGCGGUCUACCAGUGUGACGAGCGAUCGUGGCAUCAUGAAUAUACUGGACAAAAUCCCACUCCUCUCGAAAACGUCCAGCAUGUCGAUCGAUUCGUCCGUUUCGCCGUUUGAAGACUUCACCUGCUCGAAGUCGGAACUGAGCACCUACUCGAACCACUCGGUGUCAUCCAACUCCGGGCAUUCGAGCAACGAAUCGAAGGUUUCGCCAGCAAAAGAAACCGAUGGCGGCCCCAGUGGAGAACCGCCGGUAGAAAUGACGCCGGCAAUGGGAGCGUCCGUGAAGCGCAAGCGAAAGGAUGUGAAGCUGAACGAAACGUUCGACAAGAGCAGCCAAGGUUCGGUGACGGAUGGGAUUCUGUCGUCGAACGAGGACGCCUCUCCGACGUCCACCACGACCGAUACGGACGACGUUACGUUUCAGAACAAUCCCGUCGAUGAAGAGGCACUGCUGGCGGCCAAUGCGGCGGGCACUGUUCAGCAAGAGGAACCCGAACCCGUCGAAUGCCCUGUGAAGCUGGCCAGCAAGCAGAUGGAAACGAUCGAGGAAGCCGUGGAGAGCUCACCCAGGCACGGGCCCGCCACUGCGCCACGCAAGGCACAGCACACGAUGGAAACGCUGCACGCCACGAUCGAGAAGCAGAAGCAGCUACUCGAAACCGUCUCCGAGAACGUGGAGUCGUCCGGUGUGGUGACAUCGUUCGUGAAGCUUUCCGACAUGGACAAGCCACCGCUACCGCCGCCGCCGCCGGCAACACAGUCGGUGACGGUGACCAAAUUUGAGCUUCACUCGAGCAGUAGCGUCGCGGGUAGCAGUAGUAGCACCAUCACCGGUGGAGGAGCUAGUAAUAUGUCGAAUUCGGCAGGCUCGAACCGAGUGGCCCGGUUGUUCGAGUGCCAGAAAUAUAACACGAUCGGUUCGGCGGUCGGUGCCAGCCAGGCGAUGCGCCUGCAGCAGCACCAGCAACAAAAGUCCUCCCAGAAUUACUACCAGACCAAUGGGGGGGUGACCUCGAUGGAGCGUCACUCGUGGAACAUGUCACGUUCGACGGGCAACAACUUUGUGAGCCUCAUUUCGUCGUCGGUGGAAAAUUCGCGCUCGCUCAGCCGUCUGUUUCCGCAUCUUUCGAAAGCCUUUAGCAACUCUCUGCCGUCGGACGUGGGCAUGAACGGAGCAGGCCGUGGGCAGGUCGAUGGUACUGAGCUGCUCCAUUCGGACUUUUCCUGCACUUCGAGCAUCACCUCGAGCCGAUCGGGUAUCGAAUCGAUCGACGAGUCCAUCUCUAGCCGGCAACCGCGCCGCUUGGGUGAAGAUUUGCUAAAGAUGUUCCUGCAGGAGAUCGCCACCGACGUGACGAUCGAGGUCGAGACGCGGAAGAUGCGGGCCCACAAGUGCAUCCUGCGAUCACGUUGCCAGUACUUUGCAGCAAUUCUCGCCGGGAGUUGGGUGCAGAAUGCGGGCAACGUGAUCGCCCUGCCGGGUUACUCGUACGCGGCGGUACACUUUGCCCUGUGCCACAUCUACUCCGGCGCCUCGCACCCACCCGAGGGCAUCAGCUUGAUGGAGCUGGCCGCCCUGUCCGAUCUGCUCGGUCUCGAGGGUUUGAAGGAGGUCACGGCGUACGCACUGAAAACUAACUACUGUCACAAUUUCCACAAGCCCUGUGUCGGUUGUACGGAUGGGGUGCUGCAGGUGCUGCCCGUUACCCUGAACCACGGGCUGGACGAUCUGUAUCGAAAGUGCUUGAAGUGGGUUUGCCGACACUACGUAAAGAUCUGGUCGCAGAAGCAGUUCUCGCUGCUGCCGCUCGAUGUGGUUCACCGUUGCCGGCAGCAAAUUGUUGCUCACCUUAGCUCGGAGAGUGUCCUUACGCUGAUCCUGGACAGUGAGCAGCUGCUGACGCUGUUGCACCCGUACAAGUGGUCCGUGGAGGUCGAGAACGUAGUGCGGGACAUACUGGACGCGUCGUACGAUUACAUCACGGACCACUUUGCGUCGCUGCUGGCAAGUGACAGCUUUCUGUCGCUCGGCCAAAACUAUCGCUGGGCCAUACCGCACGUGGAACCGGUGUUGCUGCCGGCAGCGAACAACCUGAGCCCGGAUCAGGCUUGCAAAAGUUACCCGCGUGCUACGCGUCUCCACAAACUGUUGCAGGCCAAGGUGCUGACGAUGACCACAACGACCACAACGACGACGACGACGGCCACACCGUUGGCGGGUGACACGAGUGUGGUGAACGUGUACGAGAAGCAGCAGGGAAAGCGCCCAAAGGACGACUACAAACGGCACGAGGAGGAAGAGGAGAUGGAUUGGUGCGAUGAGUUUGUCGGGAUGGUCAAUGCGAUCCUGUCGGCCGUGGAGCAGUGCCUGAUACGCCAGUGUGCCCGGGCGAUGCGUGUCAGCUCGUGGCAGCGCAUGGACGUGGAGCUGCGCAAUAAGGUACAAAAACUGGCCUGCCUCAUGGAGACGACCGACGAGCGAAAGUCACGAUCGCGCUAUUCGUUCUCCUCGCAAACAUCCUCGUCCUCGUCGGUGCACUCGCGGACAAACGAUCUGCGCCAGGUACGGCUAGCGAUUCAGGCACACAACAAACGCGCCUACGAAGGCAACGGCAACCGCACCCAGCAAACACAGACGACCGUGGCACAGCACAACGAUCUGAACAGUGCGCUGCUGGCCUCACACAAACUGGCCAAGCAUCUGGACGACGAUCUGCUAAGGAAGCAACAGAAGGAGCAGCACCAUCAGCCACCGCCGCUGGAAAACGGAUAUCGCGUUUCGAGAACAUCGUCGAAAACGAACCACACUACGGCACCGGUGCCAGAGAGUGGCCGCAAAGCGCCCGUCGCGGCCGUACGGCAAACGAAUGGCAUCGCCAUGGGGUUGCUGGCGAAAACGAAUCGUCGUGAUGCGUCGGCCCCUCCGCUGGUGGAACCGGUGCCCGCCCACAGACGAUCACAGUCGGAAGAUCACGCCGUUUACGGGGCGGUCAAACAGCAGCCACCGAGCGCCGGUAAGGGCGAAACGGUGGCCAACUUGCGCUCGAAGCUGAGCCACAUUAAGCCACGCUAUCUCGAACCAAAGAAGCCCAAAAAUGCGGCCAAUCUGCAGGCUCAGAACAAUAACAUUUCCUCCAGCGGAAGCUCCACGCGUACCGCGAGUCCGGCCUUUGGUCACCGCAACAAGCUGAAGCAGCAACCGGCCACGGCUACGACGACGACGACGACGGUGGCGGUAAAAGGAGGCCACGAGUCUAACAUUUCGCUGGACAGUCUUACGUCGCCGGCCAAGCUACGGAAUGGUGGCGUCCCGGCCAAAGCGCCCCGUUCCACCAUCAGCGAGCUGGAUGUGUCGAUCGACUCGCUGGCCGAGUCACUCAAGUCGAACUCGAUCAAAACGAGCAACACACUUUCGCACGAAUCGUUGAUCUACCACGAGUACUUUAAGCCGAAACAGAUCACCGAUCAGCCGAACGGGCUCGCGGCAAGGGAAAGACGGACCAAAGUCGUCCCACCCGUAGCAACGGCACGGCCACCGACCGCGGUGGCCAACGGUGGAGGCCCCAAACCGAUCCACAACUCCUCGAUACCGCGCUCGAACGGUGGUAUCAAUCGGACCGGAUCAUCGGCCAGCGUUGGCUCCGCGAAUGGUGGUGGAAUCAAACGAAGCUUCCUUACGCAGCGAUCGCGCGAAAUCCUGGCUCGCCGAUCGCACGAACCCAAAUCGAACUCGACCAAUUCGAGCAACAAAUCGGCCGCAUCCUCACCGAGCUUGCUGCUGGCACGUGACAAAUCCACCACGGGCAGUGAUAUCACGAAAUCGGGCUCAUCCGCUUCGCUUUCGACGACCAACAGUGGUGGUGGUGGUGGGACCGGUGGCUGUGGACGGAAGGUAUUCAACACGACGCUCCAUCUGCGCCGGACCGCGAAGUUGCUACCCACGGCCGGGCCGCACGACAAUCCGACAUUGCGGCAGCAACAGCCGCCGUUGAAAUCGUCGUCAUCUUCUUCGGUUCAUCGGCGGAUGGGUGACAAAAAUGGGUUGAAAACCGCCGGUCGUAAAGUGGACUCAACGGCGGUACCGGGCAACCGGGGCCCGUUGAAGCAUGCGCCGGUGACAGGCGCCGGUAAUUGCUAUGGCGGACCGCCAGCUUCCUUACCGCCGAUCGCCACCACCACGGCGGCCGGUCGUAUAGAAUCCAAACUGGAGCGCUCGAACACGUUUUCGAUGGACGCUUCCGAUAAUGCAUUGAUGCUGCAGCUAUUAGAUUGA